UCUGCCCCUUAUGGCCACCCCGGUAAUAAAGAAUUGUAUCGAGCUUUAACCUUAUCUCGAUUCAUGAUCCCGAUAGCUGUCGACCUUUAUCUUUUUUUCAAACAAAGUGCAGGAAAUUUGUAAAGUGCAGCUCGCUGCCAGUCGCAGACGAUUACAUACUGUUUUUUCGCGUUGAUCGUGAAGGGCCAUUCUUCUGAAGUUGACCCUCGUCUCAAUUUACUUCACAGCAACUUCCUCAACAGCCACUACUUGUGGUUCGAAAACUUAACCUCGAAGUACAUCAUCUGCAGUCGGAAGUAAAAGAUCAGAAGCCAAAUCAUGCCGAAGAAGACUACCACCUUGUUCGCCGGCGCGCAGGUCGCGGCCGCUUUGAAGCAGGGCAGUGAAGGGACCGACGGCCAGAAGAUGGCGGAGAAGUCGGUCGCGAAGGGGGGGGGGGUGCGGUUGGCAUCGUCCACUCCCCGCGCACUUCCAAGAUGAUGGAGGACCGGGCAGGUACAGAAUAUUUUUUCACGCCUGGUCGUGCGGGCUGGUGAUGGGCCGCUACAAGUGAUUGCACAAAGCAGAUCUACUCGCAUAGACCAGCACAGAAUUUUUUAUACUGUGGCACUUUAUCGUGAACCGAAUGUAUCUCAAACCAAUCAAUACUAAUUGCUCUUUUCGUCUGCAACAGGCAAAACUGCGGGAAGCGCCACGAACAAGAUGCAAUCCUUCAAUGGCUUGGGAGAACCGGUAGGAUUCUUGCAAGUCUUUCACGGUGCUUCCAAAGGAUACCCAUGGUGUCGUGGACCUCUCUCUGGUCAAGGCUGGGCCGGUUUCAACACGACGCCGACGCCGACGAUGACUCUUGGGCCGCGUUGCACCACGUACGAUCCGGCCUAUGCUGAAGCAGACGUUCGUUCGGAUAAUGAUCAUCAUCAUGUUCAUGUUGGCGCGUGUCUCCAUUAUCACUUCCAUGGGAAUGGUGGUGCGUUUGAGAAGUGUGCCUGGAUGGUACCCAUCAACAGCUCUCCUGGUUCGAAUGUGCAAUGCACUCCAGUACCAAGCGGCGUUACCCCAAACCCCUUUCCCGGCUGGAAAUGUCGUGUUAACAGUGACAAGUCGUGUACGGCCGUGCCGGAGGGCCGCUGA